AUGAGUGAAGGGAUCAACUUCUCUGACAAUCCAGGCCAGCUCCUGUCUCCCCUCCGGUGUGUGGUGAUGGCAGGCAUGCCCUUUCCCAACAUCAGGUCUCCAAAGCUGCAGGAGAGGACGGCCUACUUGGCUCACACUCUCGUGAGCGUCCCCAGUGUUGCCGAGAGCCUCCACUACCCCGAGAUGGCAUUUCUCACUGCCUUCUGUCUGCCCAGUUUCACCAGGAGAAGUCGGCCUCUUCCUGACAGGCAACUGCACCACUGCCUGGUCUGCGCCUUCUUUGCUCUGCCCACUGGAGACAGUGCUCAUCAUGGGCCUGGUCUGCAGGGAUCCCGCUACAAAGGUGAAACCCAGCAGAGUGUGGAGUCCAGAGUGCUGCCAGGACCCAGACACAAGCAUUAG